GCCUGCGAGUGGCAUGGCUGCCCCCAGCCCUGCGGUCUCAGGUUAUACAGCUACCGCUGCGAGGUCGUUCUGCCAGUCUCCCGGUACCCAGGCUGGCCUCUAGUUGUUUCGGGUCUGCUGUCCUUGUCUCUUGUCGAGCCGCAGAGCCCGGGCUCUGACGAGAAUGGAUCCUUCUUUGGAUACGUGGGACUUCUCACCUUUAAUAGCAUUAUGGAUAAACAGGUUUUACAUAUAUUUGGGCUUUGCCUUUGGCAUUACCCUUUGGAUUUGUUUCCAGAUUGUCAUCAGGAACCAGUCGUUUAUCUUCAAGGACCAGAACUCACAGGAUAAAUCUGUUCCAAAAGCAACUCGGGAUUUGAUGACAAAUGGUUCCACCUCUUUUCAAAAGAAGGAAGUCUUUGUGUCUGGAGUGAAGAUUUUCUAUGGCUCCCAGACUGGUACAGCAAAGGGAUUCGCAGCAGCUCUUGCUGAAGCCGUCUCCUCCAUAGACCUACCGGUGGCAGUUAUCAAUCUGAAAGAAUAUGAUCCAGACGAUCAUCUCCUAGAAGAGGUUACUAGUAAAAAUGUUUGUGCCUUCCUGAUUGCCACAUAUACUGAUGGUCGACCAACUGAGAGUGCAGAGUGGUUCUGCAAGUGGUUAGAGGAAGCAUCCAAUGAUUUUCGAUUUGGCAAAACUUACCUGAAGGGUAUGAGAUAUGCGGUGUUUGGUCUGGGAAAUUCUGCCUACGCGAGCCACUUCAACAAGGUUGGCAAGAAUGUUGAUAAGUGGCUGUGGAUGCUUGGUGCUCAGCGCGUGACGACUCGAGGGGAAGGUGAUUGUGACGUGGUUAGAAGCAAACAUGGCAGCAUUGAGGCCGACUUUAGAGCUUGGAAGGCCAAGUUCAUCUUCCAGCUCCAGGUUCUUCUUAAAGGAGAAAAGAAACCCUGUAAUUGCAACUGCAAGAAAGGCAAAUGUGAGUCUCGUCAGCCUGGAUCAGAGGAAGUGGAGCCAGGGUCUCACGCUCAGGAUGGACUGCAGCAGGGAGACACUGAGGAAGGGCCCUUUGAGAGUGCCAGUGCGGACGAGUCAGGUCCUGAGGACCAGCCGAGUGUCCCUUCUGUUGUCGACGUUGAGGACCUUGGCACAAUUGUGAGUCGUGUGAGGAAAGAAAAGAGAGCAAAGGCGCAGCAGGAAGAUAAAGCUGGUUUGUUUGGGAAUGCAGUGACAAAUGAAGCCAGUGAAAGAAGAGCUAUGAUAACUCCUGCUCUCCGAGAGGCCCUUACUAAGCAAGGUUAUCAGUUGAUUGGGAGCCACUCUGGGGUGAAGCUUUGCAGGUGGACAAAGUCGAUGCUCCGAGGGAGAGGAGGUUGCUAUAAACAUACAUUCUAUGGCAUUGAAAGCCAUCGUUGCAUGGAAACCACCCCAAGCUUAGCAUGUGCAAAUAAAUGUGUCUUCUGUUGGCGGCACCACACCAACCCAGUGGGCACUGAAUGGCGGUGGAAGAUGGAUCAGCCUGAAAUGAUCUUAAAGGAAGCCAUUGAAAAUCAUCAGAACAUGAUCAAGCAAUUUAAAGGAGUCCCAGGCGUCAGAGAACAACGCUUUGCAGAAGGAAUGAUGGUAAAGCACUGUGCGUUGUCCCUGGUGGGAGAACCCAUCAUGUACCCAGAAAUCAACAGGUUUUUGAAGCUGCUCCACAAGUGUAAAAUCUCCAGUUUCCUGGUCACAAACGCACAAUUCCCUGUGGAAAUCAGGAACCUGACACCAGUUACCCAGCUGUAUGUCAGUGUGGAUGCGAGCACUGAGGGCAGCCUGAAGAAAAUCGACCGCCCACUCUUCAAGGACUUCUGGCAGAGAUUCCGCGACAGUUUAAAAGCUUUGGCAGCAAAGCAACAGCGUACUGUGUACAGACUGACUCUAGUGAAAGCAUGGAACGUGGAUGAACUCCAAGCCUACGCUGAGCUGGUGUCCCUAGGAAGUCCUGACUUCAUUGAAGUGAAGGGUGUUACUUAUUGUGGAGAGAGCUCGGCCAGCAGCCUUACCAUGGCCAACGUGCCCUGGCACGAGGAGGUGGUACGCUUCGUCCACGAGCUGGUGGGGCUGAUCCCUGACUACGAGAUUGCUUGCGAACAUGAACAUUCCAAUUGCCUCCUGAUAGCUCACAAAAAGUUUAAGAUUGAUAGAGAAUGGUGGACGUGGAUUGAUUAUAACCGCUUCCAGGAGCUCAUCCAGGAAUAUGAAGACAGCAGUGGGUCAAAAACUUUCAGCGCAAGAGAUUAUAUAGCCAAAACUCCUCACUGGGCAUUAUUUGGUGCCAAUGAAAGAGGCUUUGAUCCCAAGGACAUAAGAUAUCAGAGAAAGAACAAAACAAAGGAUAUUUCUGGAUGCUGAGAUUAUCUUAAUUUAGGAUACUGAAGGACAAAAACUGAUUCCCCAGAAUGUUCUCGGACUCCACUGUGAUUUUUCCAAGGACAAACCACAUAAAUUGUAUUUCAUACACAGGAGAUUGUAAGGUAGAAUGUGGGGAUGCAAGUCCCAUCCUGGGGUUCGGGAAACAACAUCCACAAUUUGAGUGCCUGGGACUCAGCCUCACCAUUUCUUUCCAGAACUCAGUCCCUUUCCUGAUUUUACUUCUGAGAAGAAAAUCAUUUGGGGAGAGAAGUGCACAGUCAAUAUUAGAAUUUAUCUCACAGCUUUGAAUUAUAACUAGUAAGACUCCCUACAACGCUAUUCAUGAUAGUCUUGUGUGGAAUGAGUAUCUGUUCCUCUUCUGUGGAUUAUACUGCCCUGUGGUAAAUGUGUCCACUCCCUCUAAGAUCUCCAUCUCCUUCUUAUAUCUUAAGAGAAUACCUCCUGAAAGUAAUUUAAGUUGUCAUAAUUCUCAAUUAUUUUCGAAUACUGCAUAGAUUACUUCAAAUUUUUGCUUAGUGCCAACCCUUUAGAUAUUGAAUUGGUUGUAAAACUGUGCUAGAUCUAUUCCGUUCCCAUACAGAUUGCCAUAGAAGGUAACAUAUCGGCUGGAUUUGAGUAAAAGCUCUCCUUUGUAAGAAUUGCUGUCUGAUGUCAGUGAAUAAUUAGCCUCACAACAAACUUUGAAACAAUGAGUACAAUUUGCUUUUUGUUUAAAAAGUUAGUGUUUAAGCCCCUUAUGAGUACACAUAUAGCAAGUCUCCAUUUUCUUUCUCUCUUAUAGCCCUAGCUACUUUAUGCAAUCUGUUCUUUAAGGUUCAAGUUUUUUCUAAUUGAAAACAUCAUUAAAUACUCAAUAGUUUCUUAAAAUAUCAUUGUUAUUUUUUAAAUUCUUUUAUAAAUUUUAAUAAAAAAUUUUUUGUAGAGA